GGGUCAAGGAGAUCAAUGGGUGGAGCCCACAGCUUCCCCAGUCGUCCUUCCUGCUCUCUCUGUCUCAGGGGCCCGGGAGUCACAGCCAGCCCUGCCUGGGGCAAGAGCAAGGGGUGGUCCCAGGCCUCUCAGAGGAGGUGCCUUUGUUUCCCACUGCAGGUCCAGAGCCUCAGGCCGGAGAGCCUCCUGCUCGUGUCCACCCUGGACGGAAGUCUCCACGCCCUAAGCAAGCAGACUGGGGACUUGAAGUGGACACUGAGGGAUGAUCCCAUCAUCCAAGGACCAAUGUACGUCACAGAAACAGCCUUUCUCUCGGACCCCUCUGAUGGCAGCCUGUACACCUUGGGGACCCAGAAACAACAGGGACUGAUGAAACUGCCGUUCACCAUCCCCGAGCUAGUCCACGCCUCCCCAUGCCGCAGCUCCGAUGGCGUCUUCUAUACGGGCCGAAAGCAGGAUGCCUGGUUUGUGGUGGACCCGGAGUCAGGGGAGACACAGAUGACACUGACCACAGAAGGCACCUCUACGCCCCGCCUCUACAUCGGCCGCACACAGUACACGGUCACCAUGCAGGACCCCCAGGCCCCCGGCCAGCGCUGGAACACCACCUACCGCCGCUACUCAGCGCCCCCCAUGGACGGCUCCCCUGGGAAAUACAUGAGCCACCUGGCAUCCUGUGGGAUGGGCCUGCUGCUAACUGUGGACCCAGGAAGCGGGGCAGUGCUGUGGACACAAGACUUGGGCGUGCCUGUGAUGGGCAUUUACACCUGGCACCAGGACAGCCUGCACCAGCUACCCCAUCUCACCCUGGCGCGGGACACCCUGCACUUCCUAGCCCUCCGCUGGGGCCACAUCCGACUGCCUGCCUCCCGCCCCCAGAACAUAGCCACCCCCUUCUCGGUCUCGGACAUCCAGCUUCUGAUGACGCUGUAUAUAGGGAAGGAUGACGCUGGCUUCUAUGUUUCCAAAGCGCUGGUUCACACAGGGGUGGCCUUGGUGCCUCGUGGACUGACCCUGGCCUCCAUGGAUGGCCCCACCACAGAUGAGGUGACACUUCAAGUCUCAGGAGAGCGAGAGGGCUCACCCAGCACAGCUGUCAGAUACCCCUCAGGCAGUGUGGCCCUCCCUAGCCAGUGGCUGCUCAUUGGACACCAUGAGCCACCCCCAGUCCUGCACACCACGAUGCUGAGAGUCCAUCCCACCCCAGGGAGUAGAACUGCUGAAACUAGACCCUCCAAGAGCAUGCAGGCCCCAGCCCUCUUAUUGGAGCUCCUGAGCCUCAGUCGGGAGGAACUGUGGGACCGGGAGCUGCACCCUGAGGAGAACGCCGCAGGCUUGUAUCUAGGACUGGGACCCCGAGACCUGCUGCUGGCCAGCCUCACUGCAGUCCUCCUGGGAGGGUGGCUUCUCUUCUUACUGAGGCAGCAGCAGCAGCUGGCGGAGAAGCAGCAGCAGGCCCUCCUGGCACCUGCGGGCCCCCCUCCCACCUCACCGGGUGCUCUGCCCCAGCUCCCAGGGACCACCCCACAGGACCUGCAAAGCCCCUCUGAGCAAACCGAGCCACUUGAAGACCCUGAAGCUGAGCAGCUCACUGUGGUGGGGAAGAUCUCCUUUAACCCCAAGGAUGUGCUGGGCCGCGGGGCAGGCGGGACUUUCGUUUUCCGGGGACAGUUUGAGGGGCGGGCAGUGGCUGUCAAGCGACUCCUUCGUGAAUGCUUUGGCCUGGUGCAGCGGGAGGUCCAGCUCCUGCAAGAGUCAGACCGGCACCCCAACGUGCUCCGCUACUUCUGUACAGAGCGGGGACCCCAGUUCUACUACAUCGCCCUGGAGCUCUGCCCUGCCUCCUUGCAGGAGUACGUGGAAAACCCAGAGCUGGACUGCUGGGGCCUGGAGCCGGGGACAGCGCUGCAGCACCUCAUGUCUGGCCUGGCCCACCUGCAUUCUCUACACAUAGUGCACCGGGACCUGAAGCCAACCAACGUGCUCAUCACGGGGCCCGAGGGCCAGGGCCGAGGCAGGGUGGUCCUCUCCGACUUCGGCCUGUGCAAGAAGCUGGCAGCCGGCCGCCGUAGCUUCAGCCUGCGCUCAGGCGUCCCCGGCACAGAGGGCUGGAUGGCACCUGAGCUCCUGCAGCUCCCGCCCCCCGACAGCCCGACCAGCGCGGUGGACAUCUUCUCUGCAGGCUGCGUGUUCUACUACGUGCUUUCCAGCGGCAGCCACCCCUUCGGAGAGAGUCUUUAUCGCCAGGCAAACAUCCUUGCAGGCGCUCCCUGUCUGGCUCACCUGGAGGAAGAGGCCCAUGACAAGGUGGCUGCCCGAAGCCUGGUGGCGGCCAUGCUGAGCCCUCGGCCGCAGGCGCGCCCCUCUGCUCAGCAGGUGCUGGCCCACCCCUUCUUCUGGAGCAGAGCCAAGCAGCUCCAGUUCUUCCAGGACGUCAGUGACUGGCUGGAGAAAGAGUCCGAACAGGGGCCCCUGGUGAUGGCGCUGGAGGCAGGAGGCUCCGCCGUGGUCCGGGGCAACUGGCACAAGCACAUCACAGUGCCGCUGCAGACAGAUCUGCGAAGGUUCCGGUCCUAUAAGGGGACCUCGGUGCGAGACCUGCUCCGCGCCAUGAGGAACAAGAAGCACCACUACAGGGAGCUCCCGGGUGAGGUCCGGCAGGCGCUGGGCCAGGUCCCCGACAGCUUUGUCCAGUACUUCACAGACCGCUUCCCGCGGCUGCUGCUCCACACGCACCAGGCCAUGAGGAGCUGCGCCCCCGAGAGCCUCUUCCUGCCCUACUACCCGCCGGCCCCAGGGGCCAGGGAGCCACGCGCAGGAGCUGCUGGGAGGGGAGGCCGGCCGGCUGAGGAGCCAGGCCUGGGCUGAGGCUGGCCUCACACGGGAAAAUUCCUGCAGCGGGCUGGAAGCCCGGGGGUAGAUGUUGGAGCAAAGAUAUGCCGCGCGCCCAGGUGCCAGACACCCCUCGGAAUACAAGAAGAAAAAGGUU